GCUGCCUCAUCCUGUAUUUACUGCUACUGAAAAUGGCCGCUACAUAUGCUGCCGAGAUUUCACAGAGAGAAACAAAAACUACUUUUACAAUCGACUAAAUGAAACGGAUUCGACUCGAAUGCUGCGAGGAAAUAUUAUAUAAUUUAAAACGGACAUCAUUUCGUUUCGUGUCAGCAUUAAACUGUUGUUUAAUAGUGUGAGCGCUAAUCUUAGCUCAAGCUAACAGUCAGGAGCGCGCGCGUGCACGCGCGUGUGUGUUCGGGCUCGAGCAGAACCGGAGAGUCCAAUGGCUGACCCGAGAAAAGUGCCGUUCGUUACCCUCGCCUCGUUCAGCACCACACCGGUGGCAACCGAGUCAAAGAAACGCCGACGGGAGGACGAAGAGAAUGAACCGAGUCCCGGUGUCACCGCCCCGGGGGUGUUCGGUGCCGGGAAACCGGCAACGGAACCCGGAGAACCCAAACGUACCGUCCGCCUGAACCUGAGCCUGUCAGAACCGAGUGAACAGAAGUCAGCGGAGUUCAACUACGGCGAGCUGGUCCACUCGAGCCUGCAGGUGAGGAAAGUUCCUCAAGGUCUCAAACCUACUCUGGAUCCCAGCGACCCGUUCGCAGACGAAGACAAGGAACGGCAAGAAGUCGAGGCACUCGCCAGGAAGUUUGAGAGCAAAUAUGGAAACACUGUUGUUAAGAAGAAGCGACGAGACCGGAUGCAGGAUCUCAUCGAUAUCGGUUACGGCUAUGAUGAAACCGAUCCGUUUAUCGACAACUCCGAGGCUUACGACGAACUCGUUCCUGCGUCCCUGAGCACUAAACUCGGCGGUUUCUACAUCAACACCGGCACGCUUCAGUUCAGGGCCGCGUCCGAGUCGGAGGGAGAGGGCGGAGGGAAAGACUCCAAUCACUUCAAGAAGGAUGGAGAGGAGCGGGUGAUUAAGAGAAGGAAAAAGAAGCAGGACGGCUGCCUGGAGGAGAAGAAACCCAGGAAAUUCAAAGUACCCAAGCCAGGCGUGUCGGCUCUGAACCGGCCGGAGAAGAAGAAGAGGAAGAAGCUGAUGAAGGACUCUCUGUCUCUGGCGGCCAUGAUCCGUCGCUUCAGCCGCGAGAAAGAGGAGAUCCGCAAGAAGCACCCGGCGUCGGUCGUCAAGCUCGUCCGCGCGCAGCCCAACGCUGCCGCCGUCGCCCCCAGCAACGACCUCUCCAUGGCCGACCUGACCUCUGACCCGGCGAUGAUGUCACUGCUGGGCGGAGCCACGGAGAACGACAUGUUGCAGGAGCUGAUGGGCGACCUGGACUUCGGGCUGCUGGACUCCCCUCAGCCGGCGAGUCCCGGGCAGAGCGAGAACGGCUCCCAGAAGCCCGGAGUCGCGGGUCGGGUGCAGAAGACGGGGCUGGUGCCGCCACCGCCGCUUCCCAGCAGCCUCCCUGCUCCGCUUAUCAAGCGCAUAGAGGACCUGCGGGCGGCGUCUCGUCAGUUUGAUAUGGAGGGCAGGAAGAAGUUUUUCACGCUGGACAUGAACAACAUCCUGCUGGAUAUCGAGCUGCAGGUGCAGGAACAGUCUGCCUCUGUGCGCGCCGCCGUCUACACUCAUCUGGAGGCGUUCGUGCCGUGUAAUAAAGAGGCUCUGCUGAAGCGGCUGAAGAAGCUGAGUCUGAACAUUCAGGACGACCGGCUGCGGACGCCGCUGCUCAAACUCAAGCUGGCCGUGUGCAGCGUCAUGCCGGAGCAGAUCGCUCGAUACAACAUGGACUGCAUGGCCAGAGUUGCCAAGCAGCAGACCGAAGACGGCGACAGAAACGGCUCAGAGGAGGAAGACGAUGAGAAGCCAGGACGAAGAGUGAUGGGACCCAGGAAGAAAUUUGUAUGGGAUGAUAAACUCAGGACUCUGCUGUGUAAUCUGGUGCGGGUGAAGCUGGGCUGCUACGUGCUGGAGGCUCAGAGCUCACUCUCGCCUGAGGAUUACCUGAAGGUCUUCAUGGAGACGGAGGUCAAACCGCUCUGGCCCAAAGGAUGGAUGCAGGCCAGGAUGUUGUUCAAAGAGAGCCGAAUAGCUCACAAUCAUCUCACUGGAAACACAGUGAAGAAGCGGAUGUUACCGACCCCCAAAGCCAAACCCAAGCCUCAGGACAGUGGUGUUCUCCAGCGGCCGGCCCUCUCCGUGGACCCCACCCCCCCUCCCCCCGCCGUCCCGCGCGGGCCGUCCCCGCCGGAGCCCAUCUGCCUGUCGGACUCUCUGGACGAGGACCUGACGGCCCCGUCGCUGGACUCCAUCUCUCACGCUCUAGCCAUGCUCAGCAGCGUCGCUAAAGGCCUGGUCCAGUCCGACAGCCCGCCGUCCACCGACCCUCCCAAACCGGCCCAGUCGCUGCACACGCCGUCGCCACACCUGGCCAAGAAGAGCGCCAACACCCUCCCGCCUCACUCUCCCAGCAUCCUCUCCUCCUCGUCUGCGUCUCCGGUCGUUAAAGGAGUGAGUGUUUUAUCCCAGGUUCAGAGGCCUUCGGUUAUUCCCGCUCAGCGACCGACUGUGACUCCGCCCACGAAACUGGGCGUGUCCCAACCGAAGCCCCGCCCACCUCCCACAUCAUCGCCUCUUCACGCUCCUCAAAAGAUUCCGGCAAAAUCAGUGGUCGCCAUGUCAACGGGUAUCAUCAAAACAAGCAAUAACAGCUCAUCGCCGCAUUCGCGCGCACUUCUCACCACUUCCUCGCCGUCGCUCAUAAACGUUAAAACCGCUCAGCCUUUCCACGUGACCGUGACGCCGCAAGCUAAAAAACUUGCGCCCCACGAGUUGCCCAAACCGGGCUUCAUCACGCCCAUGCAGGCCACGCUCACCAAAUCGCCACACAACCCCAGCUCAAACAUCAUCAAGCUCACUCCCACCGGCCCGCCCGUCUCCAGGCCGCCCACGUUACCCAGCAUGCACCAGCACGCCUCUAAGAACCAGGGCUUCCACGCGGGGUUCAUCGCCGGCGGUUACAGCUCCCCCGUGGGGCAGAAGAAUUCCUCUCAGGGCAACAACAUCUCCAGCCUCACCACGACAACCACAGCUGUUGCUAAGCAGCCGGUGACCAGCGCCUCGCCCGUGGCAGGCACGGCCAAUCACAGCCAGCGGCACAGACAAGUGGGCGGAGCUAAUCAGGGGGUGAAGACAAUCACAUCGGUGUCUACGGCCGCAGCGACUCAGCUCACACAGGUGUCGCCCGCCGCCAGCGCUCUGCUCAGUUCGGCCGGCCCGUCUCUGCCUCUGGGUUUCGGGAUGUUGGGAGGACUGGUUCCCGUCUCUCUCCCGUUCCAGUUUCCAAACCUGCUGAAUCUUCCUUCAUCUGUGGUUUCCACGGCGACCUCCGGCGUCUCGACCAAUCCCAGCAGCUCAGGGUUCAACCUUCCCCAGAGUGAGUCGCUCUUCACACAUGUGUUAAAGGGUCUCAUGUCAGGGGCUCAGGCUGCUCUGCCGCCACACUUGCAGCUGGCUUUCUCAGAUGUCAAUCAAACGCAGGGUGGAGACUUGCAGAGGAAGUCCUUAUGACAUCACAGAGCUCCCGACCGCUGGCCGAUCCAGUGCUGACUGACUCCGCCCACUUUUAUGCAUGAUCUGCUGGCUGUCCAAUGAGACGGAACUGUUUUUAUACGCAUUUGAAUAUCAUGAAUAAUGAAUUAGUUUGAAUAAUGAUGCGUCAGUUGUACAUAUGUAUCAAUGUUUACACAGACAGACCUAAUCACUGUGGACGGGGAGGGAAACGUGUGUGUGUGUGUGUGU